AUGACUUCUACAGACUCUUCCAUCGAGAGCUCCUCAGACAAUACAAAGCCUUCCAGUGAAUCGUCCCGGGAGGAGCCGUGUCAGUGCAGUUUCGAUCAGUUCUGUGAUCCGCAAUCAAUUGCAUUACCAGAGUCGACUGAUAGCGAGGACAUCUAUCAAGAUACAUUUUCCCAACUCAGCUCCGACGAUGCAAGCCAGAUUAUCACAUUGCAGCCCGCUCGUUGCUUUUCACGAUGGAUGUCCUCUCUCCGUCGACGAACAAUGCAAAGGCGUCUUUUAGCUGCUGAAACGCCUGCCUUGCUCGUGGGUUUGAAAGGAAGGUCACAGCUCAUUCAUAGAGAUUCGUCGUCCGGCUCCUCGUUUGGUUUCGUAGCCGGAGUCAAAAGUGCUACUGUAAGCAUUUCGAGCACAAGGAUUGCCAGGUCUACCGGACGGUCCAUCCGCACGCCGCUGGGAAGAUCUUCCGAAGAAAGUACAGGGCGCGUCACACCAGCAGACAGAUUCUCCGUCGAGAGAGCUCUUCGUCGACGACGCAUACUAGAGGAGCUCAUUCAAACGGAAGAAAGCUAUGUUAAAGACGUACGGCUACUGAUGAAUGUAUACGUGACGACGUUUGCUGCCUGUCCCGGCCACGACUCGCUGCGACUAGCUAUCCACCAAAACCUGACCGAAAUUCUUCGUCUACAUGAUGAGAUCUUGGGAGAGCUUCAUCGCGCGGUCCCGUAUUCAGAAUACUCGUAUGCUGAUGCUCAGCCGAAAGGCCACCGACGCUGGUCAAGCGUCGAUCUGAGUCGACCAGACAUGCUAGCUGAGCCCCAGACUGCUGCUCAAGUUGCCAAAAUCUUCUCUCAAAAGGCAUGUACUCGAAUGAAUCUUCAAGCAGCCCUAUCCUAA